UGCGAGGAAUAAACUCGGAAGGAAAAUGAAACCUACCAUUAGAAAUUAUAUCAUCCUCCUCUUCCUCUUCCAAUUCUACCUCAUUGUGAUCCAUUAUUACCCUUGGCUCAGCCCGGCUAUGGCGAUCUCAGAGCGCGCACGACCAUCACGAUGCAACGGCUCAAUAGCCGAGUGCAACAUCGUGGACACGGAGUUACUAUUGGAGUCGGAAGUUAGCCGGAGAUUUCUCGAGGAAAUGAAACACAUCACGCCCGGUGCACUGAAACGCGACGAGCCUGUGUGCUACAGUGGCGGCCCCGGUAAGCCUUAUACACGAAGCUGUGUUCCCGAACCUUCUCACCAUUAUUACGAUAGAGGGUGUUCAAGUUACUACCGUUGUAGAGAUGCUCAAUAACUCUGUUUUCUUGUUUCUUAUUAUCCACGCUGAUAAAUUCCCGGAUCUGUUAUGGUUUUUCCUUUUUAUUUAAGUGUAUUUGUGUGUUUCUUUCUAGAUCCGUUCAGAUCUUGCCUGGAAUACUUGUUUCUUCUAAAUAAAGUUGAUGUUUUUUGUGUGUACCAAAAUAUUGUUCUUGUUUCACUUAAAUUAAGAAUUUUUGUGAUAUUCAUGUGUGUUCUAAAUAAUAAACAGACAAAUGCUAUUUUUGUAGGGUGAUUUCCCAAAUGGUGAAGAUGCUGAAAAUUUCUUCCCAAAUGGUGAAAAAUGUGUCUGACAUAACGGAGAGAUAGAAUGUUAACGGUAGAGACUCUACCUUUAACCUUCAAGUUAUUUAUAAAUACUACUCUCUCCGUCCGCCUAAGAUGUUCUCAUUUUGACUUUUGGUGGUUUUUAAGGAAAGUUGAAAAAAGGUGAAAGUUUACCAUAAUACCCUUAAUGAAAUAUGGGUGGAGUG